AUAGGGUCCCGCUGGCACCACAAGCAUGUGUAUGAUUGACAAUUGCAGUCAGAGCUUUGCCUCUGGGACUCUGAAAAGCCUAUCAAUGCUGCUUAGCUUGGUCAAAGGAAAGCAGUUGCCACUGUCUGAAUUACUUUGGAGUUUUGAUAAUUGUUGCGUUGCUUGAGAAAGGUGCAUACAGCUACUCUUACACCGGUAAGACACUGCAACUUGAAACUGGGGCUUUGAUCCAUGACAAGCUGAGCAUUUUUUACUCAAGGAGCAGUCUGCUGUAGUAGACACAUUUCCUUUAUAUUUGUGGGAAUAUCUGUUGAGUGGACAAUGACUUCCAGAAGACCAAUGACCCGCUCUUACUCUGGCAAUGGGAGGUCCGGCGGCAGCUACAAUGAGGAGGAGGUCAGCUCUUCGAAUGGCCGCUUGGAGAGCAGCAACUACCUCUCCAAUGUUAGGCCUGAAAACAGCUACUCAAGGUAUUCUCAAUCCAGGUCAUCGAGGUAAUGCAUACUUUUACAACACCUAUUCCAACUAACAUCUUAACCACACGUCCCGGUUUACCCCCAAGAGUGAAAGAGCAAAUCUACACCUGUUUUUAACACUGCUGAGUACAUUGUUUGGUGUGAUGGCUCAGCUGACUGAGGACACCCAGCCUGUAUUUGAGACCACCGUUAAAUCCAAGGCUGUGUCAGAGAACUGUAAUGUGAAGUUGACAUGUGUGGUUACAGGUAACCCAGCCCCAGAACUGACGUGGUACCGAGACGACAUGGAGUUGGACCGAUACUGUGGUCUCCCAAAAUAUAAAAUUGGCUGCAAUGGUAAAACUCACACACUCCAUAUUUACAACUGCACAGUGGAUGAUGCAGCCAUCUAUCAGGCUUCAGCCAGGAACAGCAAAGGCAUUGUCUCCUGCUCUGGGGUUCUGGAGGUAGGCACCAUGAGCGAGUACAAGAUCCACCAGAGGUUCUUUGCCAAGCUGAAACAGAAGGCAGAGAACAAGAAGAGGGAGUUGGAGGAGAGCAGGAAAAGGGGCAAGGAGAACGUCCAGAAGGAGUCUCGGGAACAGCAACCUCUCCGAAGCAGCCCGAUCCCCUCUCAGAGGAAACGCCGGGCCUCAAGCGUCCCUUCCUCACCACCAGAUGGGGAGGAGAUCACAGUCAGCCAGGGGGCAGCGGCUGUGGAGCAGCUAGUACCUGCUGUUGAAGAACCUAAUGGGGUCAGUGCUAAAGUCAGUGAACCGGCUCCAGUAAAACCUACAGAGAAUGUGAGCAACAUUCCCAACAGAGAAACCAGAGAACCCAAAAAGAAAAUAAAGAUCUCAAAUGGUGUAGAUUCUGGUGUUAUCAGCAGUAGUCAUACAGGACCGAGCAGUAAUCAUACAGGACCGGGCACCGGAGAAAAUUCAUAUGAUGGAGGGAUAAGUUUGUCUCAAUUUCUGGCAGAUACCCUUUAUUCACAGACUGCUGAAGAAAAGAUCCCUGCCCAAGUGGAGGAAACAUUGGCAGCGGAGACAAUGGAUACUACUGCUGCUGAUCCUAAAACAGAUGUGAGAGAGGAGAAGGGGAGAGAGAGGGAGGACAGAGAGGGGGCGGACAGAGAGAGGAUGCUUGGAGAACAGGAAAGAGAGAAAAUGAGAGGGGGAGAACUGUCAAUUGAGAGAGAAAAAGAAAGAGCAAGAGAGGCAGAACAGUUGCAUAGGACAACAGCACAUAGCAACACAGCCUCAGAAGUCAAAAUGGUGGCUAAGACGCAUGCCCACAAGGAGGGAGAUCAUCACGAUCACCACCACAUGCAGGAAACUCUUUCCAAUGUGUUCCACUCAGUCAAAUACUUUUUCUUUGGUAAGAGCAAGAAGGAUCAUGCUUCUCAUGAUCAUCAUGUGAAAGGUCAGGAGAGCGAGAGCGGUUAUCCAGUAGCCCCAACACAGCCAUACCCUAGCCUUCCCCAUCGACAUCCACAAGAGCAAGAUGGUCAACCAGAGGUGUAUAAAAACCCCACAGAGGAGACAGUACCCAUGGUGGUAGAUGGGCCACAGGAAGCCCCGAUAACUCUGUUACCACACCAGCAGCCAGAUUCAUUGGAGCGGUUGUACCCAGAUGAACACAAGUGUGGAAUUACUAUUUCACACCCAGAAGAACCCCCUUCAGCUUCCAAAAGAGCACCAGAGAGUGUGCCUGAUUCACUGGAGCAUGUUGAGCAGAGGGCCAUGGAUGUAUGUCUGGAGGUGAUCAGCAACACUACAGAGACAGUGCCCAUGUCUGGCCCUCCAGCCCUCAGUGAGGCUGCCGAGGAUCAGACCCAGGCAGACUCAGUCCCCCACACGGUUGUCUCAGCCCCACAUGAGAUAAACAUCCAAGUGUUUUCAUCCGGGACUGAUCAGGUGACAAGACUAAAUGAUAAAACUGAAGAUUUACACAAACAGGGUAUAUCUGACUCUACACGGAACCCAGACGCCAGCAGUGGAGCAGGUCCCCACAUGUCAAAUCUCACUAGUAUGGAUGACAGUGGGAGUGCUCCUAACAAUAAUGUCCUACCCACAGUCAGCCAGUGCCUCAUCGAAAGUGAAAAAGAGAAGGAAAUGCAUGUGGAUGAGAAGGGCAUUGAAAGUGUCUAUAAGAAUCAAGGAGAGAAAGGUGAUGUCAAAGCAGAGAAUCAACCAUAUCCCUCUUUAAAUGUGAGUGCAGGGAUAUUUUAUAUCAAAACACCUGCUAUAGAAGAGAGAAUUGAAACAUACAAUUUUAAAACACAAGAGCAGCAGACUCUUACUUUGGAUGAUAAAGUUAAUACACACGAUUCUAAAUCCCAAGACAAGUAUAUUGAUACUUUGCAAGAGAAUGUAGAGACAAUUUCUUCAAAAGCACACAUAGAAUGCAUCCCGGUUUUAGAGGAGAGUAAAGAGAAAAUACAUAACAAAGAGGAGGAGAUACAUUUCAAAAGAUUGGAGGAAUCUUCUCCCACUUUGCUGCAAAAGAGUUUAAAGAAUAGAGAUCUAAAAAUACCAGAUGAAUACCCUCCUGUGGCAGGGGAGAGCAUAGAGGACCAUGAUCUCAACACAAAAGGGAAAUCUACCUUAGCUUUAGAGAAAAGCGUUGAAAGUGCCUUAAAAGUGGAAUGUGCUCCUGCUUUGGAGAAAAGUUUAGUGGACUGUCCAUUUGGCAACCAGAAUGUGAGAUUACAGAGACAUGAGGUGCCAACCCUCACUAUGGAGAGACGGGAUGAAAUGGAAGAAAUUGUGACUGAGAUAAAGGUAGAAAUGCUGGGUGAAUCUAAGAGCCACUCAGAGACACAGCCUGUGAGAGGCUCUGCCAUUGUGUCCGCUGAGCAACCAGUGGCAGCAUCAGUUACCAGUCGAAAGGCUAAUGCCACUCAUCUGGGUGGAUAUUCUGGAAAUGUAACAGAGAUUAGAAUUGUAGAUUCUGCUCUUAAAAUCCCAGAAAUCAAAAUGAUUGUGACAGAACAACAGACAAAUGAAGAGCCAAUGAUUAUACCAAAUAUAGAGAUUACGGAACCAGAAGUCAAAGAGCCUACACAGCCAUUAAUACCUAUUACACCCAAUGAACCUACAUCAGAGUCAGCCAUUUUCCAAAAGGAUGAUGCAAACGAAGUUUUAGACAUAAUGAUCACAGAAAAAAGUGCAGCUUUUACCCCAGUGACAAUUGAUGUGACACCCACUCAAGAAAGUAAGCAGAAUAAUAUUAUCAUCGAACCAAUGGAGGAAGUGCAGGAAGUUACACCAGUUGAAGAGGCAAAAACGCCUAUGGCAGAGCAACCAACUAAUAGUGAAUGCCUCACAAAGACGGAUACUAAGUUAAUUCCUAAAAUAAAUGUUUCAUAUACUGAUGAUAGUGAACUAGACCAUGAGCAUCCACAAGUUAAGCCCCUCGUCUUAGAUACAGGAACGCCAGAGGAAGUACCCAAAGUGCCUCUGUUUGUGGUCCCUCCUAUUUCUGUAAUCUGCGAGGAUAGCCCUUUUGAAAGCAAAGAGCUUCUUAAAAAUGAGAGUAAAGAAUCAGAAUCCUUGGCGGCUAUGCUCAGGGGGGUCAAGAGUGAUUUAGAAAAUUCUUCUACCCCUGAGUCUGACAAACCCCAUUGUAUUCCACAAAAACAGACUAUAGAAACAAAGGAACGUAGCGCGAUAGACAACACCCCCUCUGUGUCAUAUAAAACCUUAAUGCCAACAGAAGAAACAACAAUCCAAAAAGCUGAGGACAUCAGUAUUACUGAAACUGAUAAGUUAAAACCACUCAAAGAGUCAAGGAUAGAGUCUUACAUCAUUGGCGAUGAACCAAGAGAAAGAAACCCUAUUGAGAGGCUUGCUGUCAAACCCCCAACACCCCCCAGGAGUCCCAGUACUCUUCGCAGGUUUAUGUCCAGGACUCCCCCUGCCAUUACUGUGGAUGACCCUGCUAACAGUGAGAAGGCAGGAUUGGAGCAGAGUGGUGGAGACACCCCAACGUCCUCCCUGUCUUGUGAGAGCAGCCCCAAGAUGAAAAGAAGGGACAGUCUGACCCUCAUCCGCUCUGCCACGGCUGAGGAGCUGGCGUCUGGAGCUCGCCGCAAGAUCUUCAUCCCCAGGGAGGGAGAAGGGGUAGUGGUGGCGCUGGGUGUGGGUGGUAGCCCACUGGACACCCAGGUCAAGGAGGCGGCUCCAUAUUUGUCACCCAGUCAGGCUCGCAGGGCAGCGUUCCUGCAGGCCCCAGCAGGCUCACAGACCCCACCGCUGGAGAGACGCUCCCCUCUGCUGAGCCGUAGGAAGGCAACUCUGGAGGUGCCUAAAGUUGUGGAGACCAACACAGAGGAGCCAGAGAGCCCAAAGACUGAGGUCAAACCUCCUGAGAAGGAGAAGCUGAACCCCUUCAAAGCUCCUCAGGUUAUCCGUAAAAUCAGGGGAGAGCCCUUCCCAGAUGCCUCAGGACACUUGAAACUCUGGUGCCAGUUCUUCAACGUGCUCAGUGACUCCUCCAUCAAGUGGUACAGGGACGAGGAAGAGAUAGUUGAGGUGAAAAAAAGUGGAGGUGAUGAGAGCCAAGUAGCGCUGGCCAUCGUCCAGACAUCCAGUCAAGAUUGUGGGGUGUACGGCUGCACAAUCAAGAAUGAAUUUGGGACUGAUUCAACUGACUUCCUUCUCAGCGUAGACUUACUUUCAGAGUACUUCCUGCGUGAGGAUUUAGAAGUUGGAGAAGAGAUAGAAAUGACUCCAAUGCUAUUCACCAAAGGCCUAGCAGACCCGGGAUACUGGGGGGAGAAGUUCUUUGGGCGAAUCAUGACACAAGAGGCCCACCUGGGAGAGGGCUGUGCACACAAGGCCUGCAGAGUGAAGGUCAUCUAUGGCCUGGACCCUGUGUUUGAAUCUGGAACCAACUGCAUCAUCAAAGUACAAAACCCCAUUGCCUAUGGGACCAAUGAGGACAGCAACCUUGCAGAGAGAAACAUGGAAAUGACUAAGCAGGAGUGCAAAAUCCAAAACACAGUUCGGGAGUAUUGCAAAAUCUUUGCUGCUGAGGCGAGGGUGAUUGAAAACUUUGGCUUUUCACUGGAAGUGAGCCCUCUUUAUCUGAUAUACCGCCCUGCCAACUCCGUCCCAUACGCCACUGUGGAGGCUGACCUGAAGGACAUCUUCCUCAAGUACUGUAUGAUGGAUGCCAAAGGCAGGCUGAUCACCAGAGCCACCUCAGAGGUGGAAAUGAAAUGUUGCUCCUUCCAGCAUUGGAUCCACCAAUGGACAAACGGCAACUUACUGGUCACUGGGCUGGAGGGUGUUGGACCAAAGAUCACCAAAGUUAGAAUCGUCACAAAAUUGAAGGGGUAUCAAGGCCUUACAGAGGAUGGUUCUCCUAAGGUGUUUGAACAGUUCCUGACUCAGCAUCAGUGUAACUACUACUGUGGGCUUCUCAGCCUGAGAACCCUGAAGCCCAUGGACACCCUGCAGCAGCCCCCCAAAAUCAAAGUCUCCCGGAGCCCCCUGCUCGGCAGGAAGUUGGGCUCGUCCAGCCCUCAGCUCAACAGGAAGUUGCGCUCAUCCAGCCCCCAGCUACAGAGAAAAGGACUGAACAGCCCCUUGACAACCAGAAAGCCGACCUCCAGCCCAAAGGUGCCAAGAAAGACUGGGGAGACAGAAAACAAGUCCACAGCCAAACCCAAUGCAGAUGACAGACUCAAAGUUGUGGUAUGAGGUAGAAACAACAAAAGGGAAUACAUAUCAAAACAGCUUCCCUUUUCUUUCACGCAAACAUUCAACUUUCUUUUCCUGUCACCUAUUACUGUAUUUAGUUUGGUUGAAGCUAAGAUGACCAGCAUGGCCUUGAACAAAAUGCAGCAGACUUUGUGCCUGAAAAGUCCUCAUCCAAGAGAAAAACAGGGAGAUUAGUUCAAAUCUAGGGAAUAGGUCAAUGACCGACCCUGUUGGAUGGUUGUGUAACAAUACUGUGAAUUUCUCAAUCACAAUCAGUAGUAAGAUACUCCCCCUUCUCCAGCUUACUAUUGAACUGCUGAACUGGUUAAUUGAGUGGAGGUACAGUACUUUUAAGGUCUCUUCAACUUCCAGCACUAAGGAAAUGGGACACAGUGAUUCAUCUCAGGUCCAGAACCCAGUGCUCUGUCCUCUGCAAAGGAGAAGAGACUUAUGAAGUGGUUGAAACAAUGGUGCUGGAUGAAAAGCGGUGGCUGUAAGCAGCGAUCUAAUAGCUUGAUGCAGAUGCAAGGGGAUUGGAGUGCACCAACUGCCUUGUACAUCUGUGAUGUACUGUAUAUGUCUUGGACAUACAGUGCAUUCGGAAAGUAUUCAGACCUCUUGACUUUUUCCACAUUUUGUUAAGGUACAGCCUUAUUCUAAAAUUGAUACAAUUAUUUUUUUCUCUCAUCAAUCUACACACAAUACCAAAUAAUGACAAAGUGAAAACAA